AACCAGAGCGUGGCCUUAGACCAAUCGACAUGGUUUCGACACUAUUCCACUCCAUCAUCUUUCUCUUCCUCGUCUUCUCCGCCGGAGUUAAAAUUUCUGUCGCUGAUGAACCGGAGACCCAGCCUGUUCCUGCGCCAUGGCCGGAGCAGUUCCACGCGUUGAUGAUGAUGAACAAAUCUGGUUCCAUUGAGAUUGUUGACCUAUGGUACGACUGGGUCAAUGGCCGUAAUUUUAACAUCAUUCAGAAGCAGCUUGGCAAACUAACCUACGACCUUGAAUGGAACAACGGCACAUCUUUCUACUAUACACUUGACGCUUCCAAAACUUGCCGCACCGUUUAUUUCGAGGUGGGAAUCUUGAGGCCAAACUGGCUGGAUGGAGCAACCUAUUUGGGUCAACGAAAUGUGAGUGGGUUUCUCUGCAACGUAUGGGAGAAGGUUGACUUCUUAUGGUACUACGAGGAUGUUGUAACCAAGAGACCUGUACAAUGGAUCUUCUAUACAGGUAGAGAAGCUCAUGUGAUGACAUUUGAGGUUGGAGCUGUCCUAGAGGACGGGAAAUGGCAGGCUCCAGUCUAUUGUUUCAACAACGAGAACAAAAGCAGUGAGUAAUGUAAUAAUUUGCGAUUGUGUUUUCCUUACAUCUAGACUUUUGGGAAUCUUUCAAGAACCAAACCUUCAAUGAAGAAGUCACUUAAAUCUUUGAUUUAUUC